AUGGCUGCCGUCGUCGGAAAGUACGCGGCGAAGAAGAUGCUGGGCAAGCAGAUGGACAAGUACAAGGACAAGGAUGUCACUCCCUACGAUCCAUACUACGAGAUGGUCCCGAAGGACCCUCGCAAGCCCAACGGCAAGAUGAAGAAGGUCAAGAAGCAAAUUCCGGACUACAUUCCCGAACAUGACGCCAUUGUUCUCGCCAAAGCCCGUCAGCGUGCCUACUGGCUCGACUGCGCACUUUUCAGUCUCUUUGGACAGCGCUUCGGCUGGAGCAGUGUCAUUGGCCUCGUCCCUGCAGCUGGCGACGCUGCUGAUAGCGUCCUCGCGCUGAUGCUAUACUGGCGCAUGACCCAGGUCGAGUGCAAGCUCGGCUUCGGCACGCACCUGCACAUGCUCAUCAACAUCGCCUUCGACUUCCUCAUUGGUUUCGUUCCCCUGCUCGGCGACCUGAUGGACGCCAUGUACAAGGCCAACUCGAAGAACGUGCGUCUGCUUGAACAACGUCUCGACGAAAUCUACAAGCCCAAGGAGUCGAGGAAACAGCGCAAUCGCCGUAGCAUGCUCGACGCCUACACCCCCGCCGGCACCGUACUCGAGGAGUUCAGCGACAGCGAGAACGACCACGUCCUCCAACGUCUCGCUCAGUACGACGAGGAUGGCCGCCCCAUCAACGGUGACGGUGUACACGACCGCUAUGAGCCCAGACGCCCCGAGCAAGCUCGUCACAGCCACGAGAAGAGAGGUGGCUACGCUCCCGAUAGGCAUCCCAGCCACGCCAAGAAGCCCAGCCGCGGCUGGUUCGGUGGCAGCCGCCGUGAGCGUGAGCCCGAUCUCGAGACAGGCGUCGAGAGGGGCGUCGAGAGGGGCGAGAAGAGAGAGUACCACAGGGACGACAGGCGUGACCGCCGUUAA